UGGUGUUGGUGUGUGUGUGUGUGUGCGUGUGUAUGUGUGGGGGAACAGGAGGGGAGACUCUGCAGUGUCUUGGCAGCUGCAUUAGUGCAUCUCCCACCGUCCGCGAUGCCUCCGCGGCCGAUGCCCGCCUCCUCCGCGUUCACUUGUGCGGCACAAACAAACGACAUGAAGUCGUCGGGAAACUGAGCUUGGACGUCCAACACUUGCUCGCUGCAUCCUUCUUCUCCCCCGCACGGAGACAGCCGAGAGCGCUUCAUUCACGCACUCGAGAGCCAGUGGCGAGGAAUUUUUUUUUUUAAUGGAAAAUGGCGAUAGGCGAAAGGUCUCGAAGCAUCGUCUGCUUAUCGGUCCAGAUUAUGUUGGUUUUGAGCUUGUCGUGGCCCGGAGCGACGGGGCUCACGUUCCCGCAGCAGUACACGAUAAUGCACUGGGCCCGGCGCAUCGAGCAGGAGAUUGACAGAGUCUUUCAGCACAUCACUGGAGCUCAGCAGUUGAAAGGGAUAUACAAUGAAGAGAGGCGACGGUUCAGUCUGAUGAAGAAUCAGCCCCGGAAGAUUGUGGAGAAAGUGGCUUUGGAUAUCGAGAAACUCCUCUCAAAGAAACGCAAAGCACUUGAACGUUUAGCCGGUGAGGCAGAGCGGCUCCAGCGAGAGCAUCUGUGGCAGGACGGAAUCAAGGAGCUGGACAUGGCGUACUAUGACUCUAAAGCAGAGCUGGAUUAUUAUUCCAUGGAUGGAGAAGGAGAAGUGGAAAAUCCCUCCCACAUCAAGUUGGAGUUUGUUUACGAUCCAAACUUCAAAAAUAACGUUAACUAUUCCUACACAGCCGUUCAGAUUCCCACAGAUAUUUAUAAAGGAGCUCCAGUCAUCCUGAAUGAGCUGAACUGGACUCAGGCGCUGGAGAAGGUGUUCAUGGAGAACAGCCGGGAAGAUCCUUCACUGCUGUGGCAAGCAUUUGGGAGCGCGACGGGAGUCACUCGCUACUAUCCAGCAACACCUUGGAAAACCCCUGAUAAGAUUGACCUGUAUGAUGUCAGGAGGAGGCCCUGGUACAUCCAGGGUGCCUCAUCCCCAAAAGACAUGGUGAUUCUCGUUGAUGUGAGCGGCAGUGUCAGCGGGCUCACGCUUAAACUGAUCAAAGCCUCUGUGAUGGAAAUGCUGGACACAUUGUCAGAUGAUGACUAUGUCAAUGUGGCCAGGUUUAAUGAAAAGGCCGAAGCUGUGGUUCCCUGUUUCAAACAUCUAGUCCAGGCUAAUGUGCGCAACAAGAAGAUUUUCAAGGAAGCCGUUCAACAGAUGCAGGCUAAGGGCACCACGGACUACAAGUCUGGAUUUCAUUUUGCCUUUAACCAGCUCCUGAAUAAAACAAAUGUCCCUCGGGCUAACUGCAAUAAAAUAAUCAUGCUUUUUACCGAUGGAGGAGAGGACAGAGCUCAGGACAUCUUCAUGCAAUACAACUGGCCAAACAAGACGGUUCGAGUCUUUACCUUUUCUGUGGGUCAGCAUAAUUAUGAUGUCACACCUUUGCAGUGGAUUGCCUGCACAAAUAAAGGUUACUAUUUUGAGAUCCGUUCCAUCUGUGCUAUAAGGAUUAACACCCAGGAGUACCUCGAUGUGCUGGGGCGCCCCAUGGUUCUGGCAGGCGGCGAGGCCAAACAAGUUCAGUGGACCAACGUCUAUCAGGAUGCUCUGGGCCUUGGCAUGGUGGUAACCGGUACUUUGCCUGUAUUCAAUCUCACCAUGGACGGAAACUCACAGAACCAGCUGAUAUUAGGUGUGAUGGGAGUUGAUGUGCAUCUUGAUGAAAUAAAGCGGCUGACACCCCAGUACAACCUCGGGGCCAACGGAUACAUAUUUGCCAUUGAUCCAAAUGGAUAUCUGCUCCUUCAUCCUAACCUCCAGCCAAAGCCUGUGAACCUCCCCGAACCCGUGACACUGGACUUCCUGGAUGCAGAGGUGGAGGACAGCAAUAAAGAGGAGAUCCGGCGACAAAUGAUUGAUGGAAGACCAGGUGAAAUGCAGAUCAAAACUCUCCUCAAGUCCAUCGACGAGCAAUACAUUGAUGAGGUGUACAGAGGUUACACCUGGACCCCUAUCAAUGGUACAGAUUACAGUCUCGGCCUGGUAUUACCUCUUUACAAUGAAUACUUCAUCCAGGCAGACCUGAGUGAUGUGAUGUUGCAGCUCCAGUGUGAGUAUGGCGAGCCAGUUAGCUCAUUGUCAUAUACCUCAAGAUGUGAAAGAAGCAUCUCCCACUCUCUCUAUGUUCCAGAUAUGCAGUCUCUGCUGCCCAGCUCAUUUGAAUCAUCGGGACACGUGUUUCUGGCACCGAGGGAGUACUGCAAACGUCUGCAGCUUUCUGACAACAACACGCAGUUUUUGCAGAACUUCCUCUCUCUCAUGCUGGACAUCUCCCCAGAGUCUGAUGAAUGUGACCAAGGCCUCAUCCACAAUCUGAUCUUGGAUUCUAGGCUAAUUGGGCAGCUCGCCUCGCGUGUAUGGAAGAACAAGGAUCUGAAUGCGUACGGCUUCCUGGCUGUAUUUGCAUCCACAGACGGAGGAAUAACCCGAGUUUUUCCUAACAUAGCUGCUGAGUUGUGGGAUGAAGAUCCCGAACCCUUCAAUUCCAAUUACUACCGACGAAGUCUGGACAAUAGGGGCUACAUGUUCAGACCUCCAUCAAGACCCACCUUGGAUGACCUCGGAGCAGAAAACGGCACUGUUGGAAUCCUGGUUAGUUCGGCUGUAGAGGUUAAUCUUGGGGGCAAACUCCUCAAACCUGCAGUGGUUGGAGUGAAGCUGGACCUGGAGGCGUGGGUGGACAAGUUUAAAAUCCUGGCCAGCAACGUGUCCGACAGUCGACAGGGUUUGCACAAGUGUGGACCAUCCAGAAGCUGUGAGAUGGACUGUGAAGUGAACACAGAUGACCUCCUGUGUUAUCUCAUUGAUGAUGGCGGGUUCCUGGUUAUGUCCAACCAGAGAGACCACUGGAAAAAGAUUGGUUUCUUUUUUGGGGAUGUGGACCCUUACCUGAUGCACGCACUCUACAACAGCUCCAUCUUCACUCGCAGACAGUCCUUCGACUACCAGUCUGCAUGUGAGCCGGUCAGCAGCAGCCACACGGGCGCCGCACCAAGAGGCACCUUCGUGCCGUCCAUCGCAGACCUCUUGAGCUUGGCCUGGUGGACGUCCACGGUGGCGUGGUCUGUGAUCCAGCAGCUUCUGUUUGGACUCGUCUACAACAGCUGGCUCUACCAAGAAGAUGUACUUGUCAAAGGCUUUGAGACAAAAGAAAGCAGCUGUGUGACCAUCCAAAGCCAGUUCUACUUCACCAACACCACAAACUCCUACAAUGUGCUGCAAGACUGCGGCAACUGCUCACGGCUGUUCCAUGCAAAACGGAUAGAGAACACCAAUCUGCUCUUCGUGGUGGCCGAGACGUUGCCCUGCAGCUCCUGCGAGAUCGAGAGGCUGACGCAGGUCAGGACAGAGUUUCAGGAGGAAAAUCCGUGUGAAGUACUGAGUAAUGCCCGCUAUCGAAAAGGCCCACCUUCCUGCUUUGACUACAGUGCCUUAGAAAACACGUCAGAGUGUGGACGGGCUCAUUAUCUGCAGGCCUCGACGGGCGUUCUUCUCUUCAUUCAGCUCCUUCUGCCAUCCUUUCAUUUCUUACACGUGCAAACACUUUGACACGUUUCACCUCUUCGGGUUUAGGCUCGGAUAUGCUGAAGAUCAGAUCAAACGGCGACUGCAAAUGUUUUUCUUCAGUGAUCUGCUCACAUGCGCUGUGCUUUGAAGGAAAAACCCCGGGUCAGCUCUCAGUGUUUUUUUUGCCUUAUUGCUUAUGCAUUUCUUAGGUGUUUCAGGGCUCGAGUGUAAAAUAUAGGAAGAGAAUGUGUUUAGUGUGCAUGCUACUAACACUAGGACAAGCAUGAUUGACUUUUGUAUUUUUUUUUUCUUCACAUUAGCUGUAACACAUUUUUUUUAAAUAAAAAGUAUAAAAGUCAGGCAGGCGAUUGAAAUGUACCAGUAUAAGGCCGGUGAAUAAUCAACCAGCAGGAGCAGACGUCAGUCAAAAAACUGAUCUAAAAGACCUAUUUCUUUGUGUUUGCUUUGUAUUUUUUUUAAGAGAUAGGGAAAAAAACACUACCACAUUGUGGAAAGUCGUGCAUUCCAGUUUUACAUUUUGUAAAACAUAACAGCAGUUGCGUGUUUUCGAUGGCCCUCUUAAGCUUUUAACUGUUUGUAUGGAAACCUUUUAAAGGCAUUUUAACAAUCAACACUUUCACAUCCUUCACUGCCUGUAAAUGAAAAUAAAAAAAAAAAAGAAGACAACUCUGCAGCUGUGUUAGCACCAGACUCCCACCUGUAUAUUUUUCUUAGAUGCUGCUUAUGGAAAUGUUGCUUUUGUUGCUUAAAAUGACUCCUUUGUGCCUGUUUUUGUUCGCAUGCCCGGCCCUCGUAGAUGUCUUUUCAUGCGCAGUGCAGGACGCUCCUGGAGCUACAGUCGUUUUUAUGUGAUGAUAUCCGAGCCUUGACCUCACAUUCACUCCAGUGUCCUUCGGCCCACCUCUGACCUUUUGACAGUUUUAGCAUUGUAAACUGUGUCAUACAUGAACAGACCCCGAAUUACUUCCUUCUUCUCUUUUAAUCACGCCUGUGUCUUUGUAAGUCUUUGAGUCAAACCAUAUUUCUGACAGAGCUUAUCCAGGCUUAUAUUUUACCCCUAAAACAGUUUUUUCUCAGAGCACUUUGUCAGAUGAUGCUAAAAGCAAAUAAGAAAACUACAGACUUUAAUGACACAUAUCAGUGAAGUUUCUUUGUCUUACAGGAUUGGCUGUGUUUAACGCUUUCACACAGGCUUGUUGUGAUCUUAAAGUGCUUCCAGUCCACUUAGAUGUCAUGAGACAAGUCGAAUCAAAGAGCAGAUUUUGUAAAGUAGUUUUGAAUUCAUAUGCACUGCAAUAUUUAGCAGUUUUGCACAUUGUGCAAAAUGCUAUGAUUUAUUCUAGCAGUAAAAUUAAUUUUAAGUGAAGAGUAAUUUAGAAAUAUUAGUGUAUUCUUCUUGCACAAAACAUGUGCACACAUCAGUUUGAUUGACGGGAAGCUCUUUUGGCCAGUUUUUGCAUAUUUGCAUUGCCAUUGUUUGUCAAAUCUGAAUUUAUGCACUUACGUAUGCUUCUGUGUGGGGAAUGUAGCUUCUGAACAGCUGUCGGUCUUAACAUAAUGUUGUCAAUAUGCGAUGCUUUUUGAUCCUUGGUCCUGAUUCACCUGAGUGGGAAGAUUCACUGUGGCGGAGCAUUUCUGUGUCAUCAUGUGUGCAUUUUUUCUGACAGAAACCGGAGUUGAAGGUUUGAACAAAAGUUGAAAAGAAAUUUGAUUCGAAAAAAAGCUUUUCAGUUUGUUCUUUGAUAGCAGCAAAUACAGCACAUGUAGUUUCGAGAUAUGAGUUGUUAGCCAUGUACCGAACCCCCCAGCCUGGGGGAUCAGAGGCCAGAGUUGAACGUUGGUGGAUUCAUUUAGUUGUUUAGUUCAAAAUUUUGUAGAUAUGUGAACCCAAGCUGGCUUUUUUUUUCUUUUUCUUUUUUUUCCCAACAUCUUGUCUCGCCAACAGUCCCAAAGUUGUAAAUGUUCCAUUUAGGGUGAAGUAGAAAAAAAGACAGUCUUUCUGUUGACAUCAAUGGAAACAUUUUU